AUGGCUCAGGCUUCAGGGAGGAGCGGGAGGGUUGUUGGAGACUACUUGGUGGGUAAACAAAUCGGGUCGGGUUCCUUCUCGGUGGUUUGGCACGCGAGACACCGAAUUCAUGGAACCGAAGUAGCGAUCAAAGAGAUCGUUACGAAUCGACUUAAUAAGAAAUUACAAGACAGUCUCAUGUCUGAGAUUUUUAUUUUGAAGAGGAUUGAUCAUCCUAAUAUUAUUCGCUUGCACGAUAUUAUUGAGGGCCCGGGGAGAAUACAUAUAGUAUUGGACUAUUGCAAAGGUGGUGAUCUCUCUAUGUAUAUCCAACGCCACGGAAAAGUUCCAGAAACAAUUGCUAAGCACUUCAUGCAACAAUUAGCUGCUGGUUUGCAAAUUCUCCGGGACAAUAAUUUGAUUCAUCGGGAUCUUAAGCCACAGAAUCUCCUCCUCUCCACGAGUGACAACAAUGCAGUUUUGAAAAUUGCAGACUUUGGAUUUGCCAGAUCUCUACAACCUCAAGGCCUUGCAGAAACCUUGUGUGGCUCACCACUCUACAUGGCUCCAGAGAUAAUGCAACUUCAGAAGUAUGAUGCAAAGGCAGAUCUCUGGAGUGUUGGUGCCAUUUUAUUUCAGUUUGUUACGGGAAAAACCCCUUACACUGGAAACAAUCAAAUACAGUUGCUUCAGAACAUUGUGAAAUCAACUGAAUUGCAAUUUCCUUCAGAUAGUAAGGAUUUGAGUGCUAACUGCAAAGAUUUAUGCCAGAAAUUGCUGCGUCGCAAUCCAGUGGAACGACUAACUUUUGAAGAGUUCUUUAACCACCCAUUUCUUUCUCAAAGGAAAAAAGACGAAUUAUUGAGUCGUAGGAGGUCUUCAAGAUCAGUAGAUGGCUUUUCUUUCUCUGAAAUCCAUCCUGCAAGGAAUGCUGAUGACAAUUCUCAGGAGGAUUGUUUGCCUUUCCUUCUGGAUGACGAUUCUAGUGGUCCUGAGGGUAGCCCUUCUGUUUCUAAGAGGAUGUCCCCACUGAAGUCCACCUAUGGAUUUUCUCUUGAUUCAAGAGUUGGAGGAAGGGAUGCAACAUCUAAUGUUUUCAAUAACAUGGAUUUUACUUCCAGACUAGGUAGUGCCAGACAGAAUUUAGAAAAUGCUAGUUUUAGGCCGGGCAUCAAUAAGGCAUCUGAUGAAAGUCUAAAUGAGCCUCCAAAAUCCAUGGACCAAAGACCAGUGAACAUCAGAUCAAGAGUUGUAGAUUCACUGGAGUUGAUAGAUCAAGAUUAUGUUCUUGUUUCUGGACCCCCUUCGGAUGUGUCAUCUUCCACAGCAAGUAUUUCCAAACCAAGCAAUGCACCGUACAAGUCAGAGAGCCCUCCUCGAGCAUCUACCUACACAAGCACUACGCCAAGCAUCCCGAUGCCCAUAAUUGGCACUGUCAACAAUAAUAUUUACUGCUUUGGAAGCUUGGAAAUUCCGGCCUCUGCUCCUGGGACUUCUGAAGGAUCUUUGGAUUUGGGAGAUGCUUCGGAGCAGCCAUCAAGUCACUGCAUGACUAGGAUUAAGUCAUUGCAGCAGUGUGCAUCUGCCAUAACAGAACUAGUGCUUGAAAAGAUUAAGGCAGGUAGGCAACUGGAAGCAUUCUCGAUCCAACUUGUUAUUCUUGCGAUUUGGAAGCAAGCACUGCACAUCUGCCAUACUCAGGCAGCCUCAGCUAUCGAAGGAAGUCCAACCCAAGAGAGCUCAAGACUGAGGAGAAGCAGCAGCAGGAAGCAUGGGACUCCUGAUACAGAAGAUUGUCCUGAUGUUGGGCCACAGAAUGUGUCCACUCAAAUUGAGGGGGAGUUUUUACAGGAAGUUGAGCGGGCAGAGGAACUUGCCAAGGUUAUUGAACCUGGAAGUACAGAGAUGCCAGAUGCAAUGGAGACAAUAUUUCAAUCUGCCCUUUCUCUGGGAAGACAUGGCGGGGUUGAUGAGCUCAUGGGGGAUACAGAAAAUGCAGCUUUGCUAUAUUCGAAAGCAGUACGUUUGUUAGUUUUCCUUCUAGUGGAAGCCCCAUCCCUUAUUCUCAACCCUCCAUUCUCUCUCACAAACUCAGAUCGGUACAGGCUCCGCCGUUACAUAGAUAUCCUUAACAAUAGGCAAGACCAUUCACGAUCCCAGAGGAUAGCACUUCUCAAAUGCGAAGAUCAACAAUGCCCACUUGUCGUAUAUGCUGAGGAAAAACAUGCUACGAUGCUAUUCUUUGUUCUUUAUGAUCUUCGCAUGGUAUUCAAACAGAUCUCUAAAAUUAUCUAUCCGGAUCUUGAUCACCGUAUUCGGAUUCUCUUGAUUGGAUCCUCGAGUCGCGCAAUUUUUGAGCGAGAGUUUACUUUCAUUCUCGGAUCCGAUUAA